GUCAUUGUAGCCUACUUAUAAAUAAAAUGGCGUCUGAUAGCACCAGCGAGUCCCAGGGUGAGACAGAAAUGUCCACAAAUAAGGAGGCUAUUGUAGAAAAACAGGAAGAGAGUACAUCAUUGAUCGAAAACACGAAAAGACAAUCUAAACUAAUACUUUACCAUUGGACCCAGUCAUUCAGUUCUCAGAAGGUGAGGCUUGCCAUUGCUGAAAAGGGUCUAAAAUGUGAGGAAUAUGACGUGAGUCUCCCACUCAGUGAACACAAUGAGCCUUGGUUCAUGCGUCUAAACCCUGCUGGGGAGGUCCCAGUUCUGGUCCAUGAUGACAACGUUAUCUGUGAUCCAACCCAAAUCAUGGAUUAUCUGGAGCAGAACUUCAGAGAUGAGGGAACACCAAAGCUGAUCCCUGAGGAGGGGAGUAUGUACUAUCCCAGGGUGCAACACUACCGGGAGCUGCUGGACUCUUUGCAGAUGGAUGCCUAUACCCAUGGUUGCAUUUUACACCCAGAGAUCACAGUGGACUCUCAUAUACCGGCAUAUGCCACAACAAGAAUUCGCGCACAAAUAGGAAACACGGAGUCAGAGCUGAAAAAGCUCGCUGAGCAGAACCCAGAGCUACAGGAGGCGUAUAUCGCCAAACAGAGACGCCUGAAAUCCAAGUUGCAGGACCAUGACAAUAUGAAAUACCUGAAGAAAAUUCUGGAUGAACUGGAGAAUGUAAUGGACCAGGUGGAGACAGAACUUCAGAGGAGAAAUGAAGAAACACCAGAGGAGGGCAGCCAGGCCUGGCUUUGCGGGGAGUUCUUCAGCGUGGCCGACGUCUCCCUCGCCGUCACGCUGCACCGCCUGAAGUUCCUGGGCCUCUCGCGGAGGUACUGGGGCAACGGGAACCGGGCCAACGUCGAGGCGUACUACGAGCGCGUCCUGGAGCGGCCCGCCUUCCGCAAGGUGCUGGGACACGUCAACAACAUCCUGAUCUCCGCCGUCUUGCCCACGGCAUUCCGGGUGGCCAGGAAGAGGGCGCCCUCCUUUGUGGGCACCACUCUGCUCGUGGGAUUGUUGGGAGGAGUGACCUACUUUGCCUUCUUGUACCUUAAAAAGAGGCUGGUGAGGUACAGCUGAGCCACUGGCAGUGUGUAUGCUGUAUCGUUGCAGUAGCUUAUUGCUCAGUCAGUAGCCCUAAAUUAUAAAAAAAAACGUAGUAGAGUUUAUGCACAGAGGCCACUUUUAUUUAUUUUUAAUUAAUAAUACUUGAUUAUUACUAUCGUAAUAAUACGAUAGUAAAAAGUAUGCCAUUCCAAAAUAUAAUGUAAAUUAUAUGCAAUUUUUUGUAAUAUUUUUUUUUGUUGCUCAUCAAUACAAGUUUUGGGUUCUCACCAGCACAGAUAGCUUACAUAUGUUUUUCUGCUCUGUUCCAUGUGAAAUAAAUGUUAAUAAAAGUGUUUAAAAU